AUGCCCCGUUCGUACUCGGCAUUGUUGUGGUCCGUGCUGGUGCUGCUAUCCAUCGCUGCCGUACAUUGCCAGCAGUGGGGUGAACCGAAGUUUGUAAGCGAAAAUACGGAAAACAUUUCGCUCGCCGCGUUUGACGAUGCGCUGCUGCAGCAGGAUGUGUGGAUGGUGGAAGAGAUGCAAGCCCCGUUCGUACUGCUGUGUCUCAACUACCAAGGACCACCCGAGCCAAGCAUAAGGGCGGCCCCAUCCAACCUCGAGGUGGAGCUGAAGCGUGCCAACGAUGGCCGCUGGUGCAUCUACAUCAAUCGUCGCCAGGACUACGAGGUGGACAUACGGAGCAACAUCAUUUUGCUGGUGGUGGAAAACCCGGCCAUACCGUACAUCAUUUCGGUGACGCUGGUCAACAUUCUUGACAAUGCGCCCAUCAUGACGGCGGAGGGCAACUGUGAAAUCGAAGAGCUGCGCGGUGACUUUGAUUCCGACUGUUUGUUCAACGUCUACCAUGCGGAUGGGUUUCAAGUGAACGGCAUUGGCAAUUCGAGCACGAACGAGCUGUCGUUCGAGAUCGACGAUGCGGCCGGUGCUGGUGAGCAUUUUAAUUACCAGCCGGCAGCUACAUCGCAUCCCCAGCCCAACUACAACAAGCUGUACUAUUUGAGAGUCGUCAAAGCGUUAGACUACACCGAGAAAGCUAUCUUCAACUUUAUCACCACCGUGUACGAUCUGGAUCGGACACACUCCUUCAGCAUGAGCACCAUCGUGCAGGUGCUGAACGUCGAUAGCCGUCCACCAAUUUUCAGUCGCCCGUUCACGAGCGAACGCAUCAUGGAAAAGGAAAAGUUUGAGACGCGCGUGGUCGCCAUCGACAGAGACACCGGUCUAAACAAACCGAUCUGCUACGAACUGAAGACUGCUGAACCGAAAUACCAAAAAUAUUUCGAAAUUGGACGAGAGGACGGUUGGCUCACGGUGCAUCCCAUCGAUCGUGACGAGGAACAGAACGAACUGUACAUAUUUACGAUUGAAGCCUACAAAUGCCACAACAGGCUGUUGAGUACCUCCAGCGAGGGUGCCAUCAUUUUGAACGACAAAAAUGACAACUUCCCCGAAAUAGCUAUGCAUCCGGUUGAGUUGGAAUUUUGGGAAAACACCGUGAUGGAGCUAAAGUUCGAGCAGUUUACGAUCAACGAUCGGGAUUUGGGCGAACACGCCCGGUACGAUGUACGCCUGGCGGAAACGGUGAGCGGUGUACAGCAAGCAACGACCACGUUUACGAUCAUCCCGGAGAGUGGCUACCAGCUGGUGUCGUUCACAAUCAACAUAAUCAACGCUUCCCUGUUGGACUACGAGCUGCCCGAGCGGCAGACAUUUCUGCUGCACGUUACCGCCCAGGAACCGAUCGACGAGACGCACCAGAACACUCAAGCCAUUACGAUACGGCUUCGGAAUUGGAACGAUGAGGUGCCGAAGUUCGGGCAGGAAUAUUAUCAGACCAGCGUGAAAGAAACGACCGGUGCGGAGACACUGUUAGCGACGGUCACCGUUACCGAUCGUGACAUUGACGAUAGCAUCAAGCUGACCGUUUUGGGACGUUUGUCAGAAAGUUUGGAAGUAGUUCAACUGCCGGUCGGUACCGAUCCCACAUCCGGUGAACCGUUGUAUCGGUUUGAAGUAAAAACCAAGCAGGCAGACAUUUUCGAUUACGACAUCGCCGAGGAGGUGAUCGUACAGCUGCAGGGUGAAGAUACGCUGCGUACGGAAAAGAAUGAACCAGUACAUCAGAUCUUUUCGCAACUGACCAUCACCGUAAUCGACGUGAACAACAAACCUCCGCAGAUUAGCUUGCCCCGCGGUACGAUGCACAUCCUAGAGAAUUCAGUCGCAGAAAGUGAGGUUAUCAUUGGUGAGGAAGAAGUGGCACAGAUCAUCGGUACCGAUCCAGAUACGGAAGCGGAGCUGGAAUUUAGCAUCGAUUGGAGCAACAGCUAUGGGACAAAGAGUGGAGUUCGUGCCAAGGCUGAAACAUACGAAAAUUGUUUCUACAUACACGAGGUUAAGGAAAGUCGCCAAAGAACGAUUGGAACGAUUAGGGUGAAUCCAGAGUUUGAGCUGGAAGUAGAUUACGAAAUGUACGAUACGCUCUUCCUGUCGAUUCGUUUGCUCGAUCGAAAUCAAACAAUUAUGCCCAACAUGGUGGAGAUGGUAGUGGCGAUCCAGAUAGAUGAUGAAAAUGAUAAUCGACCCUUCUUCGAUGAGGAUACGCUGAAGGUCGAACGUUCGGUAAGGGAACAGUCCGAUGCCGGUGUAACUAUCGGCAACAUUAUAGCAUACGACAUUGAUGGACCGGGCAACAACGAGAUGACUUUUACAAUGGAACCAAUAGAUCCCGCCCAUAAAGAUUGGAUGGAUAUUGAUCAGAACGGUAUCAUAAGGGUUAAAGCGAACCAAUCCAUCGACUGCGACACACCGCCGACCGAUGUUGUCCGGCAGAACAUUACCGUGUCGGACUGGAAAUGGGGCACCUGGCACGUGUUUACGAUCAUCCUGAUGGACACCAACAACAAGCAACCGUAUCACGAUCCCUUCCCGGACGAUGGGCUGGUGUACAAGUUCGAAAAAAUACCCUCCAACACCGAUAUCGUCCAGGUGGUGGGCAAAGAUCAGGAUCGCGAUGUACCGUACCAUACGGUGUCGUACGAGAUCAACUAUCGUGAUUUCCCGCAGCUGCAGCGAUACUUUGAGGUCGACGGUACCGGGCGGGUGUAUGUGAAGGAAAACAACGAUCUGCUCGAUCGGGAUGGUGGUCUGGAAAGUAUAAUGAUCAAUAUCGUGAUGGUGGACAAUGCGGGCGGAUUUGGCAUUCAAAACCGUGUAUCAACUAACAUUAACGUGAUGCUGCUCGAUAUCAACGACCACUUUCCGGAACUGCCUGAGCUACCGGCCGAAGAGUUGCAAGUAUCGGAGGACGCCAAACAGGGACACACCAUAAAGGUGGAUUUUACUGCCACCGAUCUAGAUGACAGGAAAACGCCAAACGCAAAGAUCAAUUACUACGUGCGAGAGAUUUUACCGGCGCGCGAUAACGAAUUAUUCUCCCUGGACCGGGUGGACGAGUACAGUGCAUCGCUAAAAGUGACACAAGAUUUAAAAGGCUUCCACGGAACAUGGGCACUGAAAGUUGAGGCUUGCGAUAGAGGUAGCGAGUACAAUCCGAUUAUCGAACUGCCCGAACCAGCGGAAAAUAACUGCAAAACACGUGAUUACGAAGUGGUGGUUAUGCCAUUUAAUUACAACAGCCCAACCAUUAUUUACCCCACGCGAAAUGCACAGUUCCGACUGAAAUAUGAAUCAUUAAAAAAUGGAACGGCCCUGGUCGAUACCAACGGAUCUACUUUGCCGAAUUUUGUCGCCGUCGAUGAUGACGGUGGCAUAUACGGACACGUUACGUUCUCCCUUCGCAGCACCAACGACAACGGGCAAGACCACGAGCUGUUCCGGGUGGAGAAGCUGGACGAGAAAAUGGGCCGGCUGGUGUUGGAAAACGAUCAAGCAGUGGAACCGUUUCCGAAAAAUUACAGCAUUACCGUGAUUGCUCGCGAUGGGGGCGACAGGCAGUCGGAGACGGCUAUCUACAUCGUCUUUAUCAAUAUGACGGGCGAACCGGUCUUUUCGCAAACGAGCUACGAUACGGAUUUCACAGAAAAUGAAGACGGUCUAGACGAGAGACGGCAAUUACCAUUCGCUGAGGAUCCGAAGAAUGCCGGUCUGCCACCAGGUGCCCAAACCAACGUGUUCUACUUCAUCGACGAGAAGUACGGCAACGCCAGCCACCUGUUUGCGCUCGAUGCGGAAGCGAAUGUGCUCCGUUUGGCCGAGCUGCUGGACCGGGAAGAGAUACCGGCGCACGAAAUACGCAUCGUAGCCACCAACAACGAAAACGGUCCACCGGCAACGCUGGACGAUACGUCCUCGUCCCUGCUGGUUGUCCGGAUCAAGGUGAACGACGUGAACGAUAAUCCGCCGGUGUUCCAGCAACGGUUCUACGCGGCCGGCAUCACCACGAACGACCGCGUGCAGAAGUCACUGUUCCGCGUGUACGCCGAAGAUCCGGACGAGGAUGAAAUCAUCCGGUAUGAGGUGGUCGCCGGCUCUGAACAGGCGGUUGGCGAUAACCUGCCAACGGACACGUUGCCCUUCCAGCUAGAUCCGACCACCGGGGAGCUGACGCUGGUGCAGAAGGUACAACCGAACCAGAAGGGAUACUAUCAGUUCACCAUCAUCGCGUUCGAUAAGGACGAUACGCACAACGAUACGGUAGAGGCGAAGGUGUACAUCGUGUCCGAGUCGAACCGUGUGACAUUCGUGUUUAUGAACAGCGUCCCGGAGAUUGAUCAGCCGGACGUGCGAGAGUUUCUGGCCAUCACGUUGCGAGCAUCGUACGGCAUGGAAUGCAACAUAGACGAUAUCGACCAAACGCUCACCGACCGGCAGGAAGGUUCCAGCAGCACCGCCCUGACGGAUGUCCGUACCCAUUUCAUCCAGGACAAUCAGGCCGUGGAGGCCAGCCGGAUACAGCAGCGUUCCUCGAACCGUACCUUCGUCACCGAAUUAAAGGCCGCACUGUUCCGUCGCAACCUGACGCUGCAGGAUGUGCCACCGCCGGCCGCGGAAUCGCUCACCGAAGCGGACGAAACGCUCCAGAUCAUUCUGAUCGUGGUGGCCGCGGCCCUAGCCGUGCUGUGCGUGAUUCUGUUCGUGGCGUUCUUCAUCAAGAUUCGCAGCCUGAACCGUCAGCUCAAAGCACUGUCCGCCACGGACUUUGGUUCGAUUUCGUCCGAGCUGAACGGGAAGCCGACGCGCAACGUACCGACAACGAAUAUCUUCUCCAUCGAAGGGUCCAACCCCGUGCUUAACGAUAACGAGUUUGGCCGUAAGGGUGGCGGAGUUUACGACGAUCUUAGCCUUCAAUCGGAAGAAUCUGAUUUCAACGAUAUGGACAAGGAUAUCUUCUCGCCGAAGCGAAGGGAGAGCCUCAAUCCUGCCUUCCUCGAGCAUCUACGCCAGCGCUCGUUAAAUCCAAUGGCCAACGGACGGGACAAAAGCGCCGAACCCGGCGAUGGCACUAAUCAUAAAAAACUGGACGAAACCGACGACGAACUGUCCCAUCGGUUCUAG